CGUUUUCUUGCUUCCCUUUCCUCUUCAGCAGGCCUCUCAAAUCCACUUGUAAUUCCGUGUGUUCUUCUUAUACUUUCCGCUUCACAGUUGUUCGCGACUUGUAUAGCUGGCCUGGACCAAGUUGCUACUCCCGCGAAGUCACUAUCACCACCACUCUUGUACACUCUGCCCGUUCAUGACUGUCUCACGUUUUGUCUUCCAACAAGCUCUAUCACUCUGAAAGAUGUCCUCCAACAAGAAGAACCUCACAGUCUCCAUCAUCAAGCAAGAACGAAGCAACUCAUCCGAUUCUGACAACCGCUCUCUUAAGACUCCAAGGACUGCCCGCUUCGCCGAAGCCACCACUGUCCACUCGCCCGUUGACGGCAGAGGUCCCUUUGCAGACCCGCCAACGAACCACUACAAGCCCCAAGCACAACCCUCAGACGUAGGCUUCGGCUACGUGCAAGGCGUCGAGAUGGAGGAAACUGAUCGGAAAUACCUCCCUCCACCCACACCAAUGUCACCCCUCAAGAGCGCCAUGAAGUCCCCGGGCACCGCUCCUCGGUUUGGCGAAGGCAUUCUCAGCCCAACUUUCCGGGAGGAACAAAUACUUGAGAAGCACGAGGCUUCAACUGAGAAGGAGCAAGCAGCAGACCUGAAAGUCAAAGUCCGUGUAAGGAUAGCAAAGAUCUUCCUCCGCGGUAUCAACUUCGCCUGCAGUCUCAUCGUCCUUUCCAUGCUUGCUUCCGUCUUCUCCAUCUUCAACUCGACAAAAUCGCUCCCGCCACGGAACAACCUCCCUCCAUGGGCUCAGGGUACCAAGACCUGGCCACAGAUUGUCGUUCUCGUCAUUGCCUGUAUCUCGCUGUUCAUGUCCAUCGUUGUUCUGGUAGCCUACUCAAGAGGAGGCCACAAGCGCGCCGAAAAAGUCGCAGCUUACUAUACCGUCUUCACCGUCACGUUCUUCAUUUUCAGCAUCGUUAUGUGGGCUAUUGGCGCUGGCAUUCUCAACCAGAGCAAAUCUCAAGGCCAAGGGAAGGACAUGUGGGGAUGGUCGUGUAAAGACAACAAACGGAAACAGCUCUUCCAAGGAGACGUUUCCUACGACCUCAUCUGCCGUCUUCAGAACUGGUCGUUGGUCUGCUGCAUCAUCGAGGUCGUCGUAGAGACCCUGUGUAUCAUCAUCUACGGCAUCGUCUUCUACCGAUUUUGGUCGAAGCGCAAGCUACGAAAGUCCAUGGCCGUCCGUGACCGCGCCCGAUCCGACCUCUACCUUGCUCAACUGCGCUCGCAAUCCGCACCGAAUACGCCCGGCUUCGGUCCCAUGUCCCCUCGCUCCGGCGGAUGGCGUCCACCUCCAGGCCAUUCCCUGUACGUGGAUCCGCACAGUGUCGCUGAGGAGGGCCAAAGCGACAGCGUUCAGUUCCCUCGCGGCUUCGCCCAGCCAAAGCCCUUCGCUCUGCAACCACCUCCGAUCAAAAUCCAGGGUGCAACGCCCAAGGUUGCGCAGAACGGCUUCGACGCACCCGACCGCUCAGCAUCAACGUCGCCACCACCACUCAGCCCCGGCUUCGAGCGCCGCCUCGACCACGUGCCAGCCGCGCCUGGCGAGCAGCAAUAUGCCUCCGUGCCCAUCCCUGGCGCGUACGCCAGCCCGCUCGCAAGUCCAGCACCAGUACACGUGCAACCCAUGGGCUUCGACUUUGGCCCCAACGUGAAUGGGCCAAAGUAGAUUCCUGACUGCUCACGUUGCUUUCAAACCAUCGGCUGCAUGGGGCGUUCUUGUGCUUUUUAGCGGGCUUUCGUCGGUGUCAAACGGUGUCCUUUCGGUUGUCAAUUAGACGCCCACUGUGUAUAUGAACUGGUGAUCUUUUACUCAAAUCUCUUUUCUUUACUGUCCUUCACUUUUCCUUUUUCUACUGGUGGAACGGGAAUUUCCUUUUGUAUAGGCUGGGCUUAUGAAAGCGAGGGGGGUGUUUUUUUGAUACCUGAGGUGGGGAUUCGGAGCUGGGCUGUCCACGCUCGCUUUGCAUUCGGGAAUCGAGAAUGUCCAACCAGACGAACACAUUUCUAUUAUAUGGAGAUGUGCGGACUAUGUAAUUCGCAGAUGGACA